AUGCCUCCUCUUCUCCUCAAAAUUUUAAACGUGCUUGCUUAUUUUUUAUUUAUAGGUAUAAAAUUUCCUACAUUUAAAAUAAUCUAUAAAACUUAUAUUUCUCCCGCACCAUAUGUAUAUGGUAUUUGGGGUUUAAUUCAUCUCCUGUUUUUAGGAUUUGUUAUUUACCAAUUCUUCGCUAAAAACGAAAAAAUUAUUACCGAGAACAUUGGUUGGAAUUUUAUCAAUAUCGCAAUAGUGAAUAGUACUGGUGAUAUUCUUUAUCAAUCAGAUUAUCUACUUUUCUCUUGGAUUGCUACUUUAGUUAUAUUUGCUAUAAUUUCUUUUGUUUACUAUCGUCUUAAGACUCACUAUCCUGUCCGUAAAUGUAUAUGGAAUGAAAAUUUAUUUAUUCAUGCACCAUUUUCAAUAUAUCAUGGUUGGAUUGCUGUAUUAGUUGUAAUUAGAGGUUUCGCUGCCUUCUCAGAAAAAGAACCGGGAGAAUCACCUAGCGUUCUCAUGAAAAUCUUAGUUGUAUUGGCUUUAUUAUUACUUGAAAUGACAGCAGUUGGUUACAUUGAAAAGUUCAAGGGUGACGUCGCGGGAGCCGCCGUAAUCGUUUGGACAUUGUGUGGUAUCGCAGUUGAACAAGAUGAUCCGGUAAUUCGUUGGGUUGCCGUUUUCUUUGCUAUUUUCACAACAUUUCAUAUCAUAAAAGGUCUUUAUCAAAUAAGGAAAUCAGAUGAAGAACAGCCUCUAUCACUAGGAUAA